AUGGAGACCCGAGGAAAGACAAAUGCAGAGUUUCGAAAUGAAGUUAACGAGAUGUUGGCUCGGCAUGAGUCUAACUUUGAUCAAGUGCAUUCCACGUUGCAACAGUUAAUGACAGAAGUUCAACAUCUGCGGCUCCAAAAUUCCCAUAUGAGUGGGGGAACCCAGGAUUGGUACCGUUGGUUAACGAAAAUCCAAGGCCCAUCAACAUGGCCAGAGUUCUCUAAGUCAUUACUUCACCGCUUUGGUCCCACAGACUAUGAAGAUCCCUCGGAGGCAUUAACCCGACUUAAACAAACCACUACCGUGGAAGCCUACCAAGAAUCCUUUGAGAAGCUCUCUCAUCAAGUGGACGGGUUGCCUGAAAGAUUCUUGAUUGGGUGUUUUGUAGCUGGUCUUAAGGAUGAAGUCCGACUCGAUGUCAAGAUUAAGCAUCCACGUUCUUUAGCUGAGGCCAUUGGAGUAGCCCGAUUGAUAAAAGAAAGAAACUAUUUACACCGUCGGACUACCACAAACCUAAGAGCAAUACCCACUGCAGUAACCCCUAAGGUCAACGUAAAUCCAACACCUGGGCUUUUGGGUCCCCCACCGAUAACUCGAAACAACUCCAUUAGACCAGGUUCUGCUGCUCGACGAGUCUCUGCUCAAGAAGCCCGGGAGCGACGGGAGAAGGGACUUUGUUAUUACUGUGAUGAGAAAUUCGCUCCAGGACAUCGAUGCAUGAAACCACAGCUAUUCAUGAUUGAGGACUCAUUGGAGACGGAGGAAGAAGAGAACGUACCACAAGAGGAUGACCAGGACGUUAUUCCAGAAAUUUCUUUCCACGCUAUCUCAGGAACUGAUCAUCCGCAGACUCUCCGAGUGACCGGGAGAAUUAAAAGCCGAGAUCUCAUGAAGCUGGGCAUACCCAUAGAUCAUACCAAGAAGUUUAGUGUGAUCGUCGCCAAUAAGGAACGCAUUGAGUGCGUUGGAGUGUGCCGCUCCCUUCAGGUACGAAUACAAGGAUAUACCCUUUUUGCUGAUUAUUAUGUUCUUCCAGUCGCAGCUUGUCCCUUAGUUCUGGGAGUUCAAUGGUUGGAGACUCUGGGCCCUGUAAAGGUGGACUACAAGCACCUAACCAUGUCAUUCAAACAAGGAGAGAAGGAGUAUACAUUCCAAGGGAUAAAACAGCAAGGUUUGGAAGCACUUAACGACAAGGAGAUUCAAAAAUUAAAAGGCCUCUGUGGGACUGGGUUUCUAAUCCAGCUCAUGCCCACGAACUUGUCUACCGAAAGCCAAGUUUAUCCCGAUGAGUUGAAUGAUCUCUUAUAUCAAUUUCAGCCAGUAUUUGAAACCCCCAAGACUCUCCCACCUCAUCAUAGUCAAGAUCACCAUAUUCCUCUCUUGCCCACUACUAAGCUCGUUAAUGUGCGUCCCUACCGUUACCCAUAUUAUCAGAAAGCUGAGAUUGAGCGUCAAGUGCAAGAACUUCUGCAAGCUGGUCUCAUCCGCCCAAGUAGAAGUCCAUUCUCUUCUCCUGUUUUGCUUGUCAAGAAAGUCGAUGGCGAGUGGCGUUUUUGUGUUGACUAUCGUGCAUUGAACAAAAUGACUGUCAAGGAUAAAUUUCCGAUACCUGUGGUGGAUGAACUUUUGGACGAACUCCAUGGCGCCAUAUACUUCUCCAAAUUGGACCUUCGUGCAGGUUACCACCAGAUUCGAGUUUGUGAAGAUGACAUUCCUAAAACGGUGUUCCGAACCCAUGAAGGUCAUUACGAGUUCGUCGUAAUGCCAUUCGGAUUAACGAAUGCCCCUGCAACCUUCCAGAGUAUCAUGAACGACCUUUUUCGGCCGUAUCUACGAAAAUUUAUUUUAGUUUUUUUUGAUGAUAUACUGGUAUAUUCUAACUCAUGGGAAGACCAUCUCAGGCACCUCCACAUUGUCCUAACAAUUUUGAUUGCAAACCAGUUAUAUGCGAAAAAGACUAAAUGCCGCUUUGGAGUCACAUCUGUCGACUACUUGGGACAUAUAAUUUCAGUAGGUGGAGUCUCUGUAGAUCCUUCCAAAGUGCCCGCUCCUUUGAACCGGCUAUUAACUAAAGAUGGUUUCCAAUGGAACAAAGAAACUGAGAUUGCCUUUCAUGACUUAAAAGUGGCAUUGACAACAGCUCCUGUCUUAGUCCUCCCCAAUUUCUCCAAACCCUUCGUGGUGGAAUGUGAUGCAAGUGGCGUGGGCAUUGGGGCGAUACUUACCCAGGAUAGAAGAGCCAUAGCUUAUUUUAGCGAGGCUCUCAAAGGGGCAACACUUAAUCUCUCUACAUAUGAGAAAGAGAUGAUAGCCAUUGUGAAAGCUGUACGAAAGUGGAGACCAUAUCUGUUGGGCAAAUCCUUCACCAUUCGAACUGACCAGCGGAGUUUAAAAUUCUUAAUGGAGCAGAGGAUCACCACCCCAGCCCAAGCACGGUGGCUUCCGAAGCUUAUGGGGUACGACUACACCAUUGAGUAUAAAAAAGGACUUGAAAACCAAGCUGCUGACUCUUUGUCCAGGAGAGUAGAAAUUCAAUUUAUAUCUGUGUCAAAACCCCAAUCAGAUUGGUGGAUUCAAUUGCAGCAAGAGCACCAAGAGGACCCAUUCUAUCAAUCACUCACUCCCAACUUGCAGGUUGUUAAUAGAGAUGGAGUUUGGUUCCACCACGAUAAAAUUCUUCUUAAUUCCACAUCUUCUUUGGUUCCUAUGUUAAUCACCGAAUGUCAUUCUUCCCCUACGGGCGGCCAUUUUGGAAUCCAGAAGACGCUCUCUCGGCUUCGAAGUGAUUUUUAUUGGGUAGGCAUGAGAAAGAUGGUCAAAGAAUUUAUUCAGCAAUGUGGAAUAUUCCAAAGAAACAAGUAUGAUAACAUGUCACCAGCGGGACUCCUCCAACCGCUUCCAAUUCCUGAACGAAUUUGGUCCGAUGUGUCCAUGGACUUCGUUGAAGGGUUGCCACUUUCCUUUGGCUGUUCUGUCAUUAUGGUGGUCGUGGAUCGACUUAGUAAGUAUGCUCACUUUGCUCCUCUUAAACAUCCUUUUACUGCAUUGAAAGUAGCAAAAUUGUUUGUACAACAUGUUGUACGGUUACAUGGGAUGCCAACCUCCAUUGUGAGUGAUAGAGAUAAGGUUUUUGUGAGCACGUUCUGGAAGACCCUCUUCCAAUUACAAGGAACCAAGCUGAGAAUGAGUUCUAGUUACCACCCACAAACAGAUGGUCAAACAGAAGUGGUGAAUCGAACUCUAGAGCAAUAUUUAAGGUGUUUUGUAAGUGACCAGCCUCAUAAGUGGGUGGAAUGGUUACCGUGGGCUGAGUAUAGCUACAAUACAAUGGUUCAUUCUUCUACCAAAAUGACUCCUUUCGAAAGUGUAUAUGGAGUUUCUCCGCCCACUCUUUGGACGUAUACCCCGGGGACUUCGAAGGUAGAGGCUGUUGAUGGUUAUUUGCAAGAACGAGAUGCACUGCUUCGAGCUCUUUGA